AUGGCCAAGCCAAAGACAACAAAGCCAAAGCCAAAGCCAAAGCGGAUGGGAAAGGGCAAACCACGACGCAGCACCCGCAGAACCUCAACAGUUACAUAUGCCGCUGGCACCCGCGUGAUCCCGCGCAUCGUCGAGCUGGACGAAGCCCUCAGCGCACACGACCAAAGCUCAAAGGCCCACCGCGACUGGCUCUAUGAGAAGGUGGUUGGAAAGCCAGUGGUGAAGCAUGACUACCAAUAUGUCGAGUGCACGGACAUCUACCUGUGCAGCUGGCGCCGCUGCGAUCACGCGUACAAGAACACCGAGGACCUCAUGGCACACAUCACGAACGACCACAUCGCCGUGGAGGCACGCAGCAAGGGGUCUGUGACCUGUGGGUAUCAUCAUUGUAACAAGACGCUGUCACGAAGAGCUAUGGUGCACCAUGUUGCCGCCAAACAUCCCCCCAAGUCCAUUGCCGACUCUGUCGUGCUGGAUUGUCUGGACAGCAGCUGCCCGCGCGUGUUUGUGCACUCGUUUGAACGCGAUAUCCACAUGUCCCUUGCCCAUCCGCGCUUCACCAAGGCGUCGGCAGCACCAGCAACAUCAGCACCAACAGCGCCAACAGCGCCAACAGCACCAACAGCAUCACUAUCAUCAGCACCGACAUCAGCACCAGCGCCAGCUUCAGCCAAACCCACACGAUCAGCGGCGCUGGCGACAACGACAGGGAGCGCAUCAGCGGCAGCGCAGAUGAUGGUGGAGAUGCCAACACUGCUCAUGCAGCAGCAGCAGCUGAUGAGCACACGCAAGCUGAGCAUGAUGCUGCGACGGCAACACCAACAGCCCCGGCGUUACUUCCAAAUGGUGACACGCACACCAUAG